AUGAAGACUCUGAUUCUGGUGGCUGCUCUCUUCGUCGCUGCUGUCCUCGCCGAGGAUAAAGAUUUGGAGAAGUCUGAGACCUACGGAUAUCCAGUCGGUUACGGUGCCUACGGACAUGGGUACGGAGGGCACGGAUAUCUGGGAGCUGGCUACGGCGCCUACGGACACGGUGCUCUUGGUGCCCACUCCCGCUAUGGAGCCUACGGACACGGUGCCCACGGCCUCCAUGCCAACGUUGCACACCGAAAUCUGAAUGCCUACGGUGCCCACGGCGGCUACGGCGGACACUACAGAGAUAUCGGUGCCUACGCCCGUAACAAGGGAGCCGGAUACACCAGAGCUUACGCCUACGACAAGCAGGAUCUAAGUAGAUGUAUAUAUUUUCCUGGUUACUGA